CUUGUCUUGAACGUCUACAUGCCUAAAAUACCCAGCAACACCAGCUUCCCCGUUAUGGUCUUCAUCCACGGCGGCGGCUUCGGUACAGGCUCCGGAUCCCCGGCUUUCUACGGACCACAGUACUUGGUCAGCCACGGCGUCAUUCUGGUCACGGUGAACUACCGGUUGAACGCGUAUGGAUUCUUGAACUUGCACACUAAAGACGCUCCGGGUAACGCGGGCUUGAAGGAUAUUAGGGCCGCUUUGCGUUGGAUCCAAAAGAACAUUGCCAAUUUCAACGGUGACCCUGACAACGUGACGGUGUUCGGCCAAGGUACAGGUGGAACUGCCGCUAUUUACAUGGCGUUCUCCGACUCCACGCAAGGAUUGUUCCAUAAGAUCAUAUCGGAGAGCGGCACACCAUUCGCGCCGCAGUCCUUCGAUCCUGAUCCUUUGGCGACGGCAAAACAAGUCGCUAGAAGUUUAGAACUGAUUACCGAAGAGCCCAGUAAACUCUUCAAGCUGUACAACGAUGCUCCCGUAGUCAAACUGGAAGAGGCUAUUGGCAUGCAGAUGAACUCCAGGUCUGUCUUCGUUCCAUCAGUGGAAACGGUAUUCGACGACGAAGAACCUUUCUUAAUUGACACUCCAUACAAUAUUCUGAAAAAGAAGAAAUUCCAAAGUUGUCCAAUGAUCAUGGGAAUGAAUACGGUGGAAGGCUUAACAUCAACCAUGGACUUUUUUACCGUUACCAGCCAAAUGAAUCGAAUCAUGAACGAGGAUUACUCCGCCUUGGAUCAGAGGAGCAUGGUCGUACCGAAAAAAGAACGAGAAGAGUUCAGAGAAGUUCUGAAGGAGACGUAUUUCUCUAACACUACCUCGGACGAAGCGCUUAUAGGUGGAAUUAUAAACUUGAAUUCAGACUUUUCCUGCGUCGGUCCAAUGUCUUUAUUCGCCGAAAUGUAUGCCAACUCCUCGAGCCAGCCGAUGUACCAGUACAUCUUCAACUACAUCGGCACUAGAAACCUUGGAAAAUUGCUUACGAACUCCAGUCUUCCGGCCACUUCGAACUUGGACGAACUAUUCUAUAUCUUCGAGUUGGAGAGAAUGCCUCUGCCUCUGGACGAGAACGAUGCAAGGAUAAUAACAUUCAUGACGAUGAUGUGGACCAACUUCGCCAAAACCGGAUGUCCGACGCCGGACCCUGAAAACGGGGAAUGGCUGCCGUACCCUCACAACUUGGCCAUCGCUCUGGAGCCUCUGUACGUGGCGCCACUCACAUCAGACCGGGCGCACUUUUGGCGCACCCUGUACGAAAAAUAUGGCGCCGAACUCAUAUAA